AUGCGGCCGCAGCUGUUUCGUGCGGCCGCCCGGUCUCUUCGGGUCCCCAGGGCCCGGGCCUUCGCUACAACGGCCCCUCGCGCGGCCGAGGUCGAACUCACCAUUGAUGGCAAGAAGAUCUCUGUGGAAGCCGGUUCGGCUCUCAUCCAGGCUUGCGAAAAAGCCGGAGCAACUAUCCCCAGAUACUGCUAUCACGAAAAACUGUUGAUUGCAGGAAACUGUCGUAUGUGUCUCGUCGAAGUCGAACGAGCCCCGAAACCUGUGGCCUCGUGUGCCUGGCCCGUUCAGCCCGGAAUGGUCGUGAAGACGAAUUCGCCGUUGGUUCACAAGGCGCGAGAGGGUGUGACGGAGUUCCUCCUUGCCAACCACCCUCUUGAUUGCCCUGUUUGCGACCAGGGAGGAGAGUGUGAUCUCCAGGAUCAGUCGAUGCGUUACGGUGCCGAUCGUGGAAGGUUCCAUGAAACCGCUGGCAAGCGUGCUGUGGAGGAUAAAAACAUUGGCCCUCUGGUCAAAACUUCGAUGAAUCGUUGUAUCCAUUGCACUCGCUGCGUUCGAUUCAUGAACGACGUCGCGGGUGCGCCUGAGCUGGGAACCGCCGGCCGAGGAAACGACAUGCAGAUCGGAACCUAUCUGGAGCAGAAUUUGAACUCCGAAAUGUCGGGUAACAUCAUUGAUCUAUGUCCUGUCGGCGCCCUGACAUCAAAGCCCUAUGCCUUCCGUGCUCGCCCAUGGGAGCUGAAGCACACCGAGUCGAUCGAUGUCCUCGACGCGCUGGGCUCCAACAUUCGAAUUGAUAGCCGGGGUAUGGAAGUCAUGCGGAUUCUUCCGCGACUGAACGACGACAUUAACGAGGAAUGGAUUAAUGACAAAUCGCGAUUCGCUUGCGAUGGCUUGAAGACUCAACGUCUUACUACCCCCCUGAUUCGUCGCGAUGGCAAGUUUGUUCCCGCGACCUGGGAGCAGGCCUUAGUAGAGAUCUCGGCCGCCCAGCAGAAGCUGCAGUUGCAACCCAACGAGUUCAAGGCGAUUGCUGGGCACUUAGUGGAUGCCGAAUCGCUGGUCGCCAUGAAGGAUAUGGCCAACAAGCUGGGCUCGGACAACCUUGCUCUUGACCAACCCGGCGGUGGCGCUCCCAUUGCGCACGGCAUUGAUGUUCGCUCCAACUACCUGUUCAACUCAAAGAUCUACGGCAUUGAGGAAGCGGAUGCUAUCUUACUUAUUGCUACCAACCCCCGUCACGAGGCCGCUGUUCUCAAUGCUCGCAUCCGCAAGCAGUAUUUGCGGUCUGACCUGGAAAUCGGCCUUGUCGGUGAAAACUUUGAAAGCACCUUCGACUAUGAGCACUUGGGUGCUGAUGUGUCUGCUCUCAAGACUGCCUUGGCUGGAGAGUUCGGUAAGAAGCUCGGCGCUGCUCAGCGCCCCAUGAUCGUUGUAGGUAGUGCAGCCGCGGAGCACCCCGACGCAAAGGCCAUCUUCGAGGCGGUUGGGAGCUUUGUAGAGAAGCACACCAGCACCUUCAACGCUCCCGAGUGGCAAGGUUACAACGUUUUGCAGCGUGCCGCUUCUCGGGCCGGCGCUUACGAAGUAGGAUUCACUGCCCCUUCCCCCGAGGUUGCCCGGACUACUCCCAAGAUGAUCUGGCUCUUGGGUGCGGAUGAGGUUGCGCAGAGCGACAUCCCUAAGGAUGCCUUUGUUGUCUAUCAGGGUCAUCACGGCGACCGAGGCGCUCAGCUCGCCGACGUUGUUCUCCCUGGUGCCGCCUACACUGAGAAGUCUGCCACUUACAUCAACACUGAGGGCCGUGUUCAGAUCACUCGCGCGGCCACAUCGCUGCCCGGCGCCGCGCGUGAUGACUGGAAGAUCAUUCGUGCUACUAGCGAGUUCCUUGGAGUUCCUCUCCCCUAUGAUGAUAUCGAGGCUCUCCGCGAUCGUAUGGAGGACAUCAGCCCUGUGAUGCGCCGCUACGAUGUUGUUGAGUCCACUUCUGUCGGCGCAUUGAGCAAGGUGCAGCUGGCCGACCAGAACAAGGGUGCUUCCAUCACUGGAGCUCCUUUCAAGAAGGUCAUUGAGGACUUCUUCUUCACCGAUUCGAUUUCUAGAAGCUCACCCACCAUGGCCCGUUGCUCAGCCUCCAAAGCUACCGGCAACCCCGAGACCAACUUUAUGGCCGCCGGAGAAAUGUCUCCGCAGGCGUUGUACGGCUAA